AUGUCCUUAUAUUUUUCACUUGAAAUAGUCGGUGUUGUGGUUUCAUUAGUUUUGUUGUUUUACGUACUGAAGUGGGUAAUUAAUAUUUUAUAUUCUUACGCGAUUGGGCCAGCCAUUAAUAAAGUGGAUUUUAAAUCGAAAGGAAAAUGGGCAUUGGUUACGGGUUGCACCGAUGGGAUCGGCAAGCAGUACGCCUUGGAGUUGGCUGCCCGUGGCUGUGAUAUCGUCCUAGUCAGUCGUUCUAUGGAUAAAUUAAAAGCGACUGCUCAGUUAAUCGAAACCACAUACAAAGUGUCAACAAAGAUAAUUCAAGCAGAUUUCGGCGAAGGCGAGGAAAUUUACGAGAAAAUCGAGAAAGAAAUCGAAGGUCUCGAAAUUGGUACCUUAGUGAACAAUGUGGGCAUAUCGUACGUAUACCCGGAGUACUUCCUCGACUUGCCGGAUUGGGAUAAGUUGAUGUCAACUCUGAUCAAAGCCAACAUUGUGUCAGUAACUCGUAUGACUAAACUAGUCGUGCCCGCCAUGGUGAAGAGAGAAAAAGGAGUUGUCAUCAACAUCGGGUCUGCCUCUUCAAUUAUUCCUAGUCCACUGCUUACUGUUUACGCAGCUACCAAGGCCUACGUAGAGAAAUUCUCCGAGGGCAUUGAAAUGGAAUACUCAAAAAAGGGAAUUAUUGUGCAAUGCGUUUUACCUGGAUUUGUGUGCUCGAACAUGUCUGGAAUCCGCCGUAGCUCAUUGUUUGCCCCAACUGCAGAGCAAUUCGUCAAAUCUGCCAUCAAUUUAGUAGGAACUAUGAGGAAAACUACGGGCUACUUGCCCCACACUUUCUUCGUGAACGUAAUCAACGCUAUCGGGUGCAUCUCAUACACUUCCUGCGUGUGGAUGGUCACGAGGUCCAUGGAGAACAGUCGCCGAAAAGUCCUCAAGAAGAAAGAAAAGCUGGAAGCCUGA